GACACCUGCCCUGUCUCCUGCAGCCGUCAGCAGACUGCCUCUCUCUCUCUCUCUCUCUCUCUCUCUCUCUCUCUCUCUCCUGAGUCCUGAGUCUUGUACCUCCCCUGUCUCCUGCAGCAGUCAGCGGACUGCUUCUCUCUAUCUCUCCUGAGCCUUUUCUUGGUGGCGUCUCGCUUAUAAGAGCUACGGCAGUCCGCUUUCUUACCACGAGCCGAAGUUUUUGCUGCUGCUGCGCUGGUUAUAGAGAGAGAGGGAAGAGUGCCGAAACAGAGGGAAAGUGAGACUGAGAUGGAGGGAAGAGUGGAGCAGGAGGAGGGAGUGAUGAGGGUGCUGCUGGUGGACGACUCCCCCGUGGACAGGCGGGUCGUGCAGCUGCUGCUCAGCAGCAACUCCUGCGCCGGCUCAUUCCAUGUUAUCGCCGUCGACAGCGCGAAGAAGGCGAUGGAGUUCCUCGGACUCCAGGAAGGCAAGGAGCAGGCCAUCGACAUGGUCCUCACUGACUAUUGCAUGCCUGAGAUGACUGGCUACGACCUCCUCAAAGCCAUCAAGGCGUUGAACCCCCUGAAGCCAAUACCGGUGAUCGUCAUGUCGUCAGAAAACGAGCCCCAGCGGAUCAGCAGAUGCUUGAACGCUGGUGCCGAGGACUUCAUCGUGAAGCCCCUCCAGGGCAAGGACGUGCAGCGCCUCCGGAACUGCUCCAGCGCGAGGCCCAAGGGCUCCUCGCAGUGCGAGACCGUGAGCAAGAGGAAGCCGCCACCGCUGCCACACUCCGACCACGCCAUCGUCGGCACCGCGUCGCCGUCGGGGCGGCGAGCACACUUCACGGGAGUUGCCAUGGUGUUGCAUUCGUCGAGCGUGGAGCUCUCGCAGUACUUCCCGCUGCUCCUCAAGCUCGUCCUGCUGGUGUACGCCGUCAUGUGCCUGGGCGAGCUGCUGCACCGAUGGUCAUCAGGCGGCGGCUGCUCGCUCUUCCUGUGGUGUGCCUGAGCAGCAGCAACGAUGCCGUGCAGUCCAGGGCAGGAGACUGGUGAUCGAAGGCUCUACUCCUGCACUUGCUUCUGCUGCACUAGGCAGUGACCCCUCCUCUGUUGCUUCAGCAACCGUGGAGAUUUAGGUAGAUUGUUGGCUUAGAUUCUAACCGGCCUUUUGAUUUGGCGUUGGUUCUUGGCCUUUGUUCGGCCCUUGUAUCCUUGUAUAGAAUGCAAUGCAUAAUCUGAGGCAGUAUCCAACGUCCUUUUUGGCC